AUGGUUGCCACUCAAUCACCGUCUAUCAACAUAGGAACGAAAGCGGGUGCUGGAGUCAAUCUAACAUGUAGUGCUAGUUGUUCAACAUCAGGCGGCUAUGUUGGUAAUGAAGUACCUAUUACUGGCUACUGUACCGAUUUUUCUACUGCACUUGACUUGACAGUGAGUCAGCGAUCCGAUAUAGUCAAUCUCACAACUGGAGCUUAUUUCAUUGCGACUUUCGCUACUAGUGGGGGAUGGCAAACAUUGGCACUGGAAAAUUCAGCGGGCUGGAGUCUUUCAUCUUUUAUUGACAUACGUGCAAGAUCGGACAAUGGACUGAUUAAUACACCACCUGUAGCCACAUCUAUUUCAUACCUAAGUAUACCAGUUAACGUUCAGCAAACGAUUCAAAUCCCAGUUCUUGAUGCAGACAAUGAUUAUCUUCAAUGUCGAUUUGCAAAUGGAUCAUCAGAAUGUGCUAACGCUUGUCCGCCAGGAUCGUUGCCGACGGGCACCACAUUAUCUACUUCUUGCAUUCUCACAAUCACUGGAACUACCGCUGGCGAUUAUUAUCUUGUUGCCAUACAGGUCGAAGAUUUUAUAACGAAUACCAGUACAACUCCAUUGAGUUCUGUUCCACUUCAGUUUUUGAUUUAUGUUUAUGCAGCUACCACCUGCACACCGAAGCCUCUUUUAUUAACUGAUUUGAACAGUAGUAUUUGCCAAGGUGCACAAGUCGGUGUCAAUUUUACAAUGACAUUUACUGUUGUUAAUCGAUGUGGUAGUGAACGAACAAUCACUGACAUCGCUACAUUAUCUUUUCCGAUUAUUAUCAAGAGUGCACUUGUUCAGAAUGCUACCAAUACAUCAUUAUGGUCAAUGAAAAUAACAUGGAUUCCCACGGUUAAUCAAGUUGGUUCACAAGUCUUUUGUGCUGUUGCAAGUGAUAAGUGA